CUCCAGGUGUUUGCUAAUUGCUGCUGUCGCUAGUUUGUGGAGCUGAGUGGAGGUGUAACAGGGGGAGAGGUGAUCUGUGAGACGGAAGCUCAGAAGCUUUGAGCUCUGAGGAGGAGCUGCACUUCCGAAAGCGGAGGAGGCGCACCUUUAGUUCCCCCGGGCGUUGCGCAGCUGAAUGGUUGUCACGGGAGGUUAAAGGAUUUCUCAACCACGAAUUAAAGAAUCAAGGCAACACUCCAGUGGGCCAACAUCCAGAGGUCCAAACAGGGAUACAGAAACCAGCUGACUAAGAACCAAAAUAAUAGCAAGGGACGACCUAGUUCUUUUACUGGAAGGCCAAUUGUUUGCUUUUGUGUUUCUGCUUCGUCAUCAAGAGCAACGCUUUUCACAUCUGUGCCACAAAAGCAACAAUAAAUUCUGGAAGGCCCCAGGCUGAUAUGAUAGGAAGGGCGAGGGGCCCGGGGCAGGGACAGCUAUUUCGACUAUAGUCAUUGCUUUACACUGUUCAGUCUAGCAUGAGACUGCUAAGGGUGAGCACCCAAGUUUUCUCACAUUAAAGGUGCUGAAGCACUCCAGGGUUACCAUCAGCCCAGAGGAACCAGGCCAAAAUGUUCAAGACCAGGUUCCACCGUGAGGUGCGCAAGGAGAAGUACGAGCGCUCCGAUGUCUUUGAUGAAGAAACCGAGGACUCUGAAACCCCUGCAGGCGUCUCAGCCAUCCAGGGCUGGGAGAGCCUUCAGGAGCUCAACAGCCGCUUUGCCCGGUACAUCAACCGAGCUCGAGUGCUAGAGCAGCGGAAUGCCGUGUUCCGCAAGCAGCUGGAGACGCUGCAGCGGAUGGAGGAGGCCAGUGGCCUCGAGGAGGCCUUCACAGAGCAGAUUGAAAACAACAGGCAGCGAAUCAGAGAGCUGAGCUCAGAGCACGGCAAGCUGGAGCGGGAGUUGAGGGAAGCUUGCCACAUGCUGGAUGACUAUACCAACAAAUACAAAAGUGAAUGUGAUUACCAAGAGCGGCUGCGGGGCACUCUGGAACAUUUGAACAAGGAAGCUGACAGUGCUCUGCUAAAGAAUCUGGAGUAUCAGAUCCAGUCUCAGUUCCUGCAGGAUGACAUCAAUUCCACCAGAGAUAGAAAUAAGAAGGACCUUGCAGAGAUCGAAACCUACGUAAAUAUUUUGCAGCAAAUCAACCAGACACUUCCCUUUGCUCCCAAUGUGUCAGCUGGCAUCUCCGAGGAGCAGGAGAAGUUGCUGGCCCAAAAGAAAAUACCAGGGCUGCAGACUCAGCUGGAAGAGUACAAGAGCGCCCUCUGUCAGCUGCAGAUUCAGAAGCAACGCUUACAGAGUGAGACUGCAAUGUUGGAGCAAACCAUCAAAAGCACACAAGAGAAUUAUGACAAUGAGAUCCAGCAGUACAAUGAGAACAUUGAAUCUUUACGGAAGGAGAUUGAGGAAGCUGAGAAAUCAUUGGAAAAAUAUAUCAGUGACUGUCGCCACCUGGCCAUGUAUCAGACAUCCCUCGAGAACGAGCUGGAGCGUUACAAGAGGAUAAUCGAGAACGAAGAUAACAGGUUGAAUUCUGCCAUAAUUGGCACUCCCAUUACCCUGUUUACCACUAAUUACCGCUACACUCACACACCCAGUGCAUCAAGCAGGGGGAGAGAUAUCACCCAAGCUAUCCAAGAUAUCACAAACAUAAAGCCUAGACAGAAGAUACUGGCUAAAAAGGUCUUGAAGAAGAAAGAACUGACCCCAAAAGAUGUCAUAGACAACAGCCAGGAGGAGAAAAACACAGGAGAGGGUGACAAUGAAGAAUCUAGUGUGGUCUCAUCUGAGGAGGUGCAGGCUAAAAGGGUAAAACAAGAAGAUCAAGGUGCUGUGCUCCCUGGAGUUUCUCGACAGGAUGUCCCAGAUGGAGCGCAGAUUAGCAAAGCCUUCGACACUCUUUGCAACAUUGUCAGAGACAGAAUGAGAAAGUACCAGAGACCUGAGCCAAUCGCUGAUUUCUACACUAAAGGUCGCUAUGUCCUUGUUACUGGUGAUGGCAGCUACUUGGAUCCCUGCUUUUACACUUCCACUCCGUCAGCUGGUCGCAUCUUUGUCACAAUAAGAGAUGGGAUGAUGUAUCCUUAUGACCCUCAUGGACGUGGCACACCCUCUCCUCCACCCCGUCAGCCCCUGGUGGACCCCAGCCCUCUCAGGCCCACACUGCCUCCCAAUGCAGGAGAAGAUAACACUGGUGGAAAGGCCAAAGACAGCGGAGGAAGAGGUAAAUCUAAUAAUGGAGAGCCUUUCUCAAAAGAUCCAAAUCCCUUGUCUCCACCGUCGGACUCAAACUCCCAAGAUCCUGUGCCUGGGAAAGACAUGCCCAAGAAAAAACCCGCAGCCCGUGGUGGCAGCAGUUCUAGUACCGGUUCCAGCACCAGCACCACCAGCUCGAGUAGUUUCAGCCCAGACACCAUGACCUAUGAAAAGGUGGAGGUGGUGGAAUCUGUGGAAAAGUUCUCCAAUGAUCGCAAAGUCAAAGGUUACGAGGAAACCUCCAUGGUGGUGGAGACCAUGAUUGAAAAGUCGAGCAAGAAGAAACGUUAAAAACACAUCAACUGUUGGCUGCAAUGUGGUCCAGGCCCUUAAAUGAGAACACAGUGUUGCUUUUAACUAAAUCCAAAAUGACUAACAACUAUGUUUCAGUCUCUUUGGGACAUGCAUCCUGCAUGAACCCCAACUAAACCCUGAUAUUCCUCUUGCUUGCUUCAUGUCUCUGCUCCUGAGUCCUGGUUGCAUUUCAAUUGUGUUCAGCCAGCACCCAUGCCAUACGUCCUUUACUGUCUGAAAACUUGGGACAGGAUUAAAAGCUCUAUGCCACCUGAAAAAAAAAAAGAAUAAAAAUUUUUCUCAAAAAGAGUGAGAAGUUGUGCCACCGAUUUGAUGUUCUCUUUUAGAACUCUGGCUUUCCCCUCUUAGCUUAAUUGUUUAAUUGGAUUCCACUUUCUGCCCUCAGCACUAUUUUGCUGUGUAUCAAUUGGAUUUGAUAUACUGAAUAAUAAAAGACUCAAACAGCUAAAGUUUUGCUUUG